UAAAUAAAUGAAUUGCUCAAUCUCCUAUGACCAUCUAUGCAUACUUCAUCUUCAAAAAAUACAUCAGUAUUAUAUCAUUAAGGAGAUAGUGACCUUCUCUUUUCCAAUAUGCACGACAUUUUUGGACAGUGCAAUUGUGGCAUUGGCACUUAUUUCCAUGAAGAAAAACUUUGUGGUUCUAUGGCAUUCAUCAUUUGACAAAUGCAAGUAUUUUCCUUAUCAAUCAGCUAUUACUGAACUUACUAGCAGUGACGGUGGAAUCCUUAAAGGGCCAUUGAAUUUCUGAAAAAGAAAGCUAAGAUGAAGGACAUGCCACUCCGAAUUCAUGUGCUACUUGGCCUAGCUAUCACUACACUAGUACAAGCUGUAGAUAAAAAAGUGGAUUGCCCACAAUUAUGUACAUGUGAAAUCAGGCCUUGGUUUACACCCAGAUCCACUUAUAUGGAAGCAUCUACAGUGGAUUGUAAUGACUUAGGUCUUUUAAAUUUUCCAGCCAGAUUGCCUGCUGACACACAAAUUCUGCUCCUACAGACUAACAAUAUUGCAAAAAUUGAAUACUACAUAGACUUUCCAGUAAACCUCACUGGCCUGGAUUUAUCUCAAAACAAUUUAUCUUCAGUCACCAAUAUUAAUGUAAAAAAGAUGCCUCAGCUCCUUUCUGUGUACCUAGAGGAAAACAAACUUACUGAGCUGCCUGAAAAAUGUCUGUCUGAACUGAGCAACUUACAAGAACUCUAUAUUAAUCACAACUUGCUUUCUACAAUUUCACCUGGAGCCUUUAUUGGCCUACACAAUCUUCUUCGACUUCAUCUCAAUUCAAAUAGAUUGGAGAUGAUCAACAGUAAGUGGUUUGAUGCUCUUCCAAAUCUAGAGAUUCUGAUGAUUGGGGAAAAUCCAAUCAUCAAAAUCAAAGAUAUGAACUUUAAGCCUCUUAUCAAUCUUCGCAGCCUGGUUAUAGCUGGUAUAAACCUCACAGAAAUACCAGAUAAUGCCUUGGUUGGACUUGAAAACUUAGAAAGUAUCUCUUUUUAUGACAAUAGGCUUAUUAAAGUGCCCCAUGUCGCUCUUCAAAAAGUUAUAAAUCUCAAAUUUUUGGAUCUAAAUAAAAACCCUAUUAAUAGAAUACGAAGGGGUGAUUUUAGCAAUAUGCUACAUUUAAAAGAAUUGGGGAUAAAUAAUAUGCCUGAGCUUAUUUCCAUCGACAGUCUUGCUGUGGAUAACUUGCCAGAUUUAAGGAAAAUAGAAGCUACUAACAACCCUAGAUUGUCUUACAUUCACCCCAAUGCAUUUUUCCGACUCCCCAAACUAGAAUCACUCAUGCUGAACAGCAAUGCCCUCAGUGCCCUGUACCAUGGUACCAUUGAGUCUCUACCAAACCUCAAGGAAAUCAGCAUACACAGUAACCCCAUCAGGUGUGAUUGUGUCAUCCGUUGGAUUAAUAUGAACAAAACCAACAUUCGAUUUAUGGAGCCAGAUUCACUGUUUUGCAUGGACCCACCUGAAUUCCAAGGCCAGAAUGUUCGGCAAGUACAUUUCAGGGACAUGAUGGAAAUUUGCCUCCCUCUUAUAGCCCCUGAGAGCUUUCCUUCUAAUCUAAAUGUAGAAGCUGGGAGUUAUGUUUCCUUACACUGUAGAGCUACUGCAGAACCACAGCCCGAAAUCUACUGGAUAACACCUUCUGGUCAAAAACUCUUGCCUAAUACUCUGACAGAAAAGUUCUAUGUUCAUUCUGAAGGCACACUAGAUAUAAGUGGCAUAACCCCAAAAGAAGGGGGUUUGUACACUUGUAUAGCAACUAACCUAGUUGGUGCUGACUUGAAGUCUGUUAUGAUCAAAGUGGAUGGUUCUUUUCCCCAGGAUAACAAUGGAUCUUUGAAUAUUAAAAUAAGAGAUAUUCAGGCCAAUUCAGUUCUGGUGUCUUGGAAAGCAAGCUCUAAAAUUCUCAAAUCCAGUGUUAAGUGGACAGCAUUUGUCAAGUCUGAAAACUCUCAUGCUGCCCAAAGUGCUCGAAUACCAUCUGAUGUCAAGGUAUAUAACUUUACUCAUCUGAACCCAUCAACUGAGUAUAAGAUUUGUAUUGAUCUCCCUACCAUCUAUCAGAGAAACAGAAAACAAUGUGUAAAUGUCACCACAAAAGCUUUGGAUCCUGAUCAAAAGGAGUAUGAAAAGAGUAACAGCACAACGCUUAUGGCCUGCCUCGGAGGCCUUCUGGGGAUUAUUGGUGUGAUAUGUCUUGUCAGCUGCCUCUCUCAAGAAAUGAACUGUGAUGGUGGGCAUAGCUACGUGAGGAAUUACUUACAGAAACCAAGCUUUGCAAUCAGCGAGCUUUAUCCUCCUCUGAUAAACCUCUGGGAAGCAGGCAAAGAAAAAGGUACAUCGCUGGAAGUGAAAGCAACUGUCAUAGGUGUUCCAACAAACAUGUCCUAAAAACAACCAACGAAAUCUACUUCAAA